AUGCAGCUCCGGUUGCCCCCCAGCCUACACUAUCCCAUCACCGUGACCUCGCUCCUCAAGCGGGAGGGGGACACGGUGGAGCGGGAUGAGGCCAUUUUCUGGUACAUUUACCAGACUACUGUGGAGGAGGGCGAUGGACUCGGAAAUCAGGUGAUGGUGAAGCGCAAGUUUCCGACACGCUUUGAGUCUACCGUGGAUGGGACGGUUGUGAAAUGGAACAUUGCUAAAGGCGAUGUUAUUGAUGAACCUGUGGAUGUUGUCGAAGUUGAGGAGCCUUGUGCACAUGAGGUCCAGUUCGGUGGGAUGUGCGCCGAAUGUGGUAAAGAUAUGACUGAAUCAACAUACAACACUGAGAUCUCGGAAACCUUCCGCGCUCCCAUCCAGAUGACCCAUGACAACACCACGUUGACUGUCAGUGAGAAGGAGGCCACUCGUGUCGAGGAGGAUGCUAAGCGUCGUCUUCUGGCGUCUCGGCGUCUGUCACUGGUGGUGGAUCUGGACCAGACGAUCAUCCAUGCCACUGUUGAUCCGACUGUCGGGGAAUGGAAGGAUGAUAAGGAUAACCCGAAUUAUGAUGCAUUGAAGGAUGUUCGGUCCUUCCAACUGGUUGACGACACACCUGGAGCGCGCGGAUGUUGGUAUUACAUCAAGCUUCGACCUGGCCUGGAGGGAUUUUUGGAGAAAGUCGCCGAGCUCUUUGAAUUGCACAUCUACACCAUGGGUACUCGAGCAUACGCCCAGAACAUUGCCGACCUCAUUGACCCAACACGCAAGCUCUUUGGAGACCGUAUUCUGAGCCGUGACGAAAGCGGAAGCUUGACAGCCAAAAACUUGCAGCGCCUCUUCCCGGUGGACACCAAGAUGGUGGUCAUUAUUGAUGACCGUGGUGACGUGUGGCGAUGGAUCCCCAAUUUGAUCAAGGUUGUCCCUUAUGACUUCUUUGUCGGAAUUGGUGAUAUCAAUUCCAGCUUCUUGCCGAAAAAGCAAGAGAUUGUGGUGACGCCCAAAUCGAGCAGAGGAUCGAAAGAAAAGGGGAAGGAAAAGGAGGAUCAAGAGCACCAUGUCAACGGUGCAACGAUGAAGACAGGCCCGGAGACGGAAGUUUCAGCUUUGGAACAAUUGGUGACGAUGGGUGGUGGAGAUGACCCAAGACUUCUGCAGGAGCAAGCCGACGCGCAGGAAGAAACAAUCAUGCACCAAGUCGAAGAUCGACCUUUGCUCCAGAAACAAAAGGAACUGGAUGCAGAUGACGAUGCGUCUGCCGAUGGCAGCGAAUCAUCUUCUAGUGGGGACGAGUCUCAGGAGGUAGCCAGACCUCGACACCACCUGCUGGUGGACCAUGACACAGAGCUGUUCCAACUUCAAGAUCGUCUGGAGGCGGUACAUAAGAUCUUCUUCGAAGAGUAUGACAAGAAGAGGACCCACGCUCUGGGUGGCCGCGUGGCCGCCCUCCGUGGCGAGAAAGCUGCCUCGAAAGACAAGGACGUGGACUUGAAACUAGUGCCCGAUAUCAAGGACAUUAUGCCCUUGUACAAAGCCCAAGUCCUCGGCGGUGUGGUGAUAGUUUUCUCCGGCGUUAUUCCGCUGGGUCAAGAUCUCCAAAACGCAGAAGUUUCUCUCUGGGCGAAGACAUUCGGUGUAGUCGUCCUGAAAAACAUCGGCAAGCGCGUAACACACCUGGUCGCUGGCCGAAACCGCACUGCCAAAGUACGGGAAGCCACACGCUGGCCCAACAUCAAGAUUGUCACGACGCAAUGGCUCUACGACUCUCUGAUCAACUGGAGACACAUGGAUGAAGACCCUUACCUGUUACCCGUGCACCCCGAUGACCGUGGCGAGCCUCUUUCACCCGGUUCCCGCGAACUAGUCGAUAACUCGUGGAUGUCUUCCUCAGACGAAGCCACGAAUGUGACCGACGACGACGCCAGCGACGAGCUAUUCAAGGACGCAGGACUGUCCGAGUCUUCACCCCUCAGCUAUGAUGAAGAAGAUCAGGCAGCAGUGCACGACGAGUUGAAGGACUUCCUGGGUAGCGACGACGAGAGCGAAAGUGACAGCGAGUUCUUCGCGGAAGAAGGAGCCGAACCAAGCCGGAAACGCAAGCGCGGCGAAGGAAGCGACGGCAACGCGGACGAGGAAUCCACCCACGAAGACGGCGACGAGGUCGAUGCCAAGGGCUCACGUCUUUCACAACGCAUCAAGCGGUCAUACGAGCGGAGCACUGGCCUUAGGGAUGUUGCUACCCCCGGCGGUUCGGAGACGGAAGAAACUCGGUUUGAGAAGGGACAAUUCCCCGCCCCGGAUGAUGACGAUGAAGGAGAAGCGGGGGUGGCCACUGUUGUCGGUGACAAGCAGGAGACACAAUCCGAGACGGCCGUGGAAGGAUCAGAUGUGGACGCGGAUGACUUUGAGCGCGAGAUGAUGGCAGCAUUCGAUGAUCCGGAUUACUCCAAAGAAUCCGGUGCGGCUCCCACAUCCACCGAUCAAGGCUAA